GGCGAACAGAUCUUAUGAUGGAUUUACACCACGUCUUCCUCAUCGUUGGAAAGACAGGCAACGGGAAGAGUAGCCUGGGAAACUGUCUUCUGGGAAAAGAAGAGUUUAAAACUGGUACUGGCAUGUUUUCAACAACAGCAAGAGCUGAAAUGGUAACAAGAAUUAGAGGCAAGCAAAGUAUAACGGUUGUGGACACACCAGACAUUGUUAAUCUGGAUUACAGUCCUGAUGAGAGGGAGAAAGAAGUCCAGGGCUGGAAAAGAAUGACAUCACCUGACCAUCCAACCAUCCUACUUGCCGUGCGCUGUGACGUGCGCUACACGGCCGAGGAGUUUGCCAUCUACAAAGACUUUAAGCGCCUUUGGGGGGACAACGCCGGCAUCAGGCGCCAUCUGGUUGUGGCCUUCACCUUUGGGGACAGGCAAAACACAGACCUCAAAGAGGAGCUGGAGGACGUGUGUGAGGAACUGAAGAGUGUCUUGAUAGACGCCAACCACCGCUACGUGCUUUUCAACAAAAAGGGCCUGAGCAAAGCAGAGCAAGUCGACCAACUGUUUAAAGUCAUCAGAUCCCCAUACAACCCGGAGGCCUCCCAGAAAUGGAAAAUCCUGUUCGUUGUCUGCAUUGUCAUCGCUCUACUAUCAGCAAGUGGCUGUGUCAUUGCGGGAAUAUUCCAAGAGCUGGGGUUGGCCAUCGGCCUGGGGUUGUUUGCCUUGUUGCUAGUCCUGCUGAUGCUGAUAUGUCGGUGUAAGGCCCAAAAAUAACUCUGAUACACUUGGAACACUUCUUACACGUUUUCGACAAGGGUGAUGAUUUUCUAAACAAUAAAGAAAAACAUUAAUCCUAAGUUAGAGAAUAAAGAUUUUGGGCCAGAAGUUACCAAUAGAUGGCACACAAGGCACAUAUAAAGGUGACAAAUGUUUAGCUGAGUGAAUAUCGAUGCUUUUAGUAUUUUUGGCUAACGUAAAUAAACCAUUCUUCUUCGGUCGAGAUUUAUUUGUCUUGGUCUUGAAUAAGUGGAGUUACAUUGUAGAGGUCUUCGUAUAUGUGAUGAUGUAAAUUAAUAUAUAUGAUUAAGUGAUUUGCAUGCGUUGAUUUUCUAUGAUUGAGAGCAAAACUGUAAACUUCGUAUGUACGUAUAUUUGUCAUUUGCAAAAGUUUAGGGAUCAUUUUGAUGAUAAAAAGAUAUCGUGGUUUUCUUGCUCUGUCUGAUAUCUUUUCCUCUCAAUGCAAUAUUUAAGUUUUUGUGUCUUAAGCUCAUAAUGGCACAAUUGAAAGAAGAUUUAAUAAAAACUAAAGCUUGUAUUGAUAUUUUGUUUUCGAUUUUUCAAGUGUUUAUCUUUGACUCCAAAACCUUGAAAUAAAUAUUGUAUAAAUAAAAAUGAAUAAAAUAU